AAAGUGGAUGAGUUGGUUUUAUUGGUGUAAUUUGCGAGCGUUUACAAAUUAAUUUUGUGCAAAGAAAAGUGAAUAAAGUAAAUGUUAUUGUGGAUUUAUGGGUAUAUGAUUUAAAUAUGGGCUAUUGCCAACGAUAGCGAGUGUAAAUCAAUCUACAACGGAAUGAAUAAAAUUUCGUGGUAAAGGGUAUUGGUGUGGUUGAGGAUCCGGAGGUGGAGGGAGUAAAAUUGUUUACGAUAUGACAUAUGACUGUAAAUUGCACAAUUCCAGCAAUCUAAAGUGAAGUCAGAGAGUGUAAUGAAACAAAAAUUAAUCACCAGAAUUUCCUUACGGAGGUAACAGCGAGUAAAAUGAUGAAUUUGUGUACAUUACGUAACAAAACAAGUUAAUCAAUUAAAAUUGAAUUAUUGUAGUUUGAAAAAAAGCAAAAUACAUAGAAUAAAACCAAGUGAGAAAAAGCGAAACCAAACAAAACAUACAUACCUACUACAGAAACAAAGUCAAAUAAAACAUGGGCAAGUUACUGAGUUUAUUGGCACGCGAUGAUUCAAACUGCUGCGCAGCGAAAUCGUACGACGUGUUCUUAGAUUUUGAGAAUGCCGCCCCAACUGAGACCGAGCGUGAAGUCUACGAGGAAGUGGAACGAGUUCUCAAGGAAUCAGAGAUUGUAUUAGAAGAAAUUCAAGUAUAUAAGGGUGCUGGCAAGGAGAUUCGGGAGGCCAUUGCUGAUCCUUCACCGAAAUGUCAGGAAAAAGCGUGGGAUGCAGUUUUGCCUUUGGUAAAGAAGCUGAAGAGGUGCUAUGAGCACUCACUGGAACUAGAAAAGAUCGUCCCGAAAUUGUUGGGCCAACUAGUUGGAGGCAAACUGAAUCCUACACAGCAUCUGGAGACUCAACAAGCACUAGUCAAACAACUAGCAGAAAUUUUGGAGUUUGUCUUAAAGUUCGACGAAUACAAGAUGAAGACACCGGCGAUACAGAAUGAUUUCAGCUACUACCGUCGCAUUGUCAGUCGGCAACGUAUCGACCAGACCAACAACAUGUUGGUGAGCACGGAACUGGCUAAUCGUAUGUCCCUAUUCUACGCACACGCUACUCCGAUGCUUAAGGUGCUCAGCGAGGCGACAUCCAAAUUCGUCAACGACAAUGCCGAUGAUGUGGAGAAUACGACCGAAACUCUUGGUACAAUGGCCAAAGUGUGCUUGCGAAUGCUUGAGAAUCCUAAAUUGCUGCAACAAAUUGAACGAGAGGAAACACAUCUGCUGGUGCUGCGAGUAAUGGUUGGCCUUGUGAUAUUAUAUGAUCACGUACAUCCAGUGGGCGCCUUCGCACGUGGCUCGCACGUAGACGUUAAAGGUUGUGUCCGCUUGCUUCAGGCGCAACCGGCCAUCAAAGCGGAGCCUUUAUUAAAUGCGCUGCGUUACACGACAAAGCACCUCAAUGAGGAUAACACACCGAAAAAUAUUCGCAAUUUAUUAGCAGCAUAAUAACUAAGGCAGUGGCGCCUGACAGCUCAGGAGCAAAUUGUCAUCAACACUGCUAAAUCUCUUCUCAACUACAGACACUACCGCCAUGCUGCAUGCAAUACGUUUAACACUAGUAAACAAACAAGAUAAACAAUAACUUUG